AUGUACAUAAAUGCCAAUUAUAAAUUGACUGAAACAACAGAUAUAAAGCAAAGACAAAGGUUCUUGUAUAAAUCGGAGGAGCUAGAUCAAAGAUAUUACAAUUGCAGUGAACAUUAUUUGGAGGAUUCUGUUUCUAGGACUUUUGCCCCGAGGAGAAACCGGGUCCCUCUUCGUCAACAGGUUUUACGAAGCCCUAGGCCUUAUUGGUGGGUUCAUGUUACAGAUUAUUAUGUAAAAGCUACUAGUAUAUUUCCACACCUUAGGCAUUUUCCAAUAACUUGUGAAACAGGACCAGGAAACCCUUCUGGUCAUAUGAUGGUAUCAACGGCAGUUUAUUUAGGUUUAGUUUAUUAUUUAUGCUAUAAAAGUACCAAUUUUUGUUCUCCUGGUAAAAGACAAUAUUUCAGAUUAAUAGCAUAUACCUUAUUUGCUAUGAUAUUAGUUGGAAUUGGACUUUCACGUUUAUACAUAGCUGCUCAUUUUCCUCAUCAAUUAUUAUUUGGGAUGAUAGGAGGUAUAGCAGCCUGGUACAUUGCUACUUUCUUUUACUGCCCCCGCCUAACCACUUGCGCUUUAUUACCUUUGUCGGGCCUAGUUCUUUACCAUUCCUUGCAUUUGCUCGAUUUGAAACCCGACCACAGUAUUCACAUGGCUUUCAAGUACUGUGCCCUGAGGAGUUUUGUCAAUUUUAACACCAAUCCUCUGGUAUCUUUGGCCAGGAGCGUUGGCACCUUGUUGGGACUAUGCAUUUCAUCUUUACUGAACGUAACCAACAAAAGUGGUUGUCUUACUAACUCUUACAAAAUGUGCGAGGAUGUUGGAAAAAAUGGGCACCUUGAACAAGAGGAGAAAGAAAAUGAUAUUCUUGACCAAAAUUAUAGGAUGUAUAAAAACAAUGGCAAUCACGUAAAUGAGCAUUCCUACAGGAGAAAAAAAUAUGGCUCCAUCUGGGAACGUUUCGACAAUUUUCCUUUCAAACAUUUUCGCGCCAACCUAUUGAACAUAAAUAAAUCGUUAUUCAGUUACCAGGAUUUGGUGAAUGAUCGAAGAAUCUCGCCCCAUCAAAGUUAUCAGCUGAUUCGUCACAUCGUGGGCCUGAUUUUGUCGGUAACCGUGGGUCUUUUAUAUUUCUUUUCGCCGUCUCCCGUUUUACCUACGUGGCCACACGCGGUUUACAUAUUCACACUACUCAAAUUCGCUUCAUUUACCCUUAUCAUAUCCGGUUUGAUUCCCAAGUUGUGAAAAAGGGAUUAUUUUUUUAUUCAUUAAAAAUUGAAUUGAAUAUUUGUAUUUCCCUAACUUGUUAUUUGUAUUCCCUAUUCAUAAAUUAAAUUUAAUAUAAGUUUAGUUUGUUUCGUAUACCACAAAUAAUUUAUUGUGAUAUUAUGUUUGUUGUAUUUAAAACUGAUUAUAUUAUAAUUUGUAUUUCAAGUAUUUAUUGAUUUAACAUUUUUAGUAGACCCAUUUUUUUUUCAUAAAUUUUACUAGUCAAAUUUUAUAGAGAAAAAAAUAAUAAUAUUAUUACAAUAUUUUAUCACUCAUUUUUCAUUUUCUAUAGCGACAAGAACUGUCACUCUAAUACUCACCUGUUUUUGAUGACUUUUUUUGAAAAUGAUGACAAGAUAAAAUUUGGUGGUGUACAAUUUUUUUUUCAUUUUUGAUAAAUGUUUUUUUUUUAUAUAUAUACACA